UUGCCAUUUUGGCUCAAGUUUUUGUUGCUCAAGCCCUGUGUCCGUGGGUCGAACGCCUCAGGAGCUAUGGUGAUGUACCCGAUGAGCGAUAUGCAGUACCAGGCGGUGUACAACACGCUGUCGUUCGCCCUCGCGAGCAUGAUGGCGACCACAAUGUACUUGUGGUUCCGCUCCACUGCGGUACGCGACCAAUUCAAGAGUGCCGUCAUCAUCUCUGGCCUGGUUACGUUCAUAGCAGCCUACCAUUACAUCCGCAUCUUCAACUCGUGGGUGGAGGCCUACACAUACCCCGUGGGCAAGGCCGACCCCGAGCUGACGGGCACGCCCUUCAAUGAUGCCUACCGGUACAUGGACUGGCUGCUGACGGUGCCGCUGCUGCUGAUCGAAAUCCUGCUGGUCAUGAACUUGGACGAGAAGACCUACAGCGUCAAGUCCAAGACGUUGGGCGUCGGCGCCGCCCUGAUGAUCGUCACCGGGUACUAUGGCGAGCUGACCGUGAGCGGCGACCUGACUUCGCGCUGGAAAUGCUGGGGUUUGUCCAUGUGCUUCUUCCUGUACAUCGUAUACGAGUUGCUGGUUGGGUUGAAGGCGGCCACUGACAGCGAAAUCGAUCCCACGAUCAAAGGUAAGAUCCAGCUUGCGCAGGUGAUGACGGUGAUUAGUUGGUGCACCUACCCGGUCGUGUACCUCUUCCCGAUGUUCGGAAUCACGGCGUCCAAUGCUGUCGUAGCCAUUCAGAUUGGCUACUGCGUCUCGGACAUCAUAUCCAAGUGUGGUGUCGGCCUCGUAAUCUACCAGGUCACAUAUGCCAAGUCGACUAAGGGUGGUGCCCUGCUGGGUUGA